CAAGCAUCCGUUCAGACUUCCGAGUUUCGUAGAGAGCUUCCGAUUCGCGAGCUAGGCGCAGUGUUCUCGCAUCAAAACCGAACUGCCGGUAUGCCGCCGGACGACGAUGUUCCGGGAGAUUCAGCGGAUUCAGUUCAAGGCCUUUGCACAUGCACGAGCUCAUUCGAGGGCGAAGAACGCGACGGCACUUGUCCGCAUUGCAAUCGCCGGCGCUCAAGCCUCCCUUCCUCGGCUUCCACUUGCUCUCUGCUCAGCUUGGAGUCGUACCCGGUCGAGGACUAUGAUAAGCUCUGGAGAGUGUAUACUGCCUCCGUCAAAGGCUUCACCAUCGGCGCUGGCCUCAAAGGCGGCCUCGCUCUUUUCUCCGUUCUCGCUCGCCUCCGCCGUAGGCGAUCCUUGCCUUUCGCCAAGAAAGAGCUAAUGACUUCCAGCAGCGAUGAUGUAAUUUUGGCAGUGAAAGAAACUCUAAGAUACGGUCUAUUUCUCGGCACAUUUGCUGGUACAUUUGUUUCAGUGGAUGAAAUUAUUUCGGCUCUAGGUGGUCACCGUAGGACAGCCACAUGGAGAGCUUUGCUUGCAGGAGCAAUAGCAGGGCCUUCAUUGUUACUUACUGGAUUUGAUAACCAGCACACAAGCUUAGCGAUUUACAUUCUUAUGCGAGCAGCUGUUUUGGCAUCACGUUGUGGAAUAAAAAGUGAACGAUUUGGGCACAUUUGUAAGCCCCUAACUUGGAGGCAUGGGGACAUUUUCCUGAUGUGCCUCUCCUCUUCCCAAAUUUUGUCAGCUUAUAUUUUAAAGCAAGAUAGUCUGGCUUCAUCUUACAAGUCCUUUCUCAAUAAACAUGGAGGAAAAGACCUUGCUAUCUUGAAAGGCGUGAAAGAGCUUGCAUGUGGCAGGCCUGUAAAAAAUUUGGCUGAGAUAGAAAAGUAUUACAAAUCCACUGGCGUAGACAUCAAACUUGAUCCACAGAUGAAAGUUCCUUGCUCGAUGAUACAUGGAAACCAAGCAUGUGGUGCACAUUUUGUAACAUUCCUAAUUCAAGCCUAUAAGAGAGCAUUACCUGUCUACCUACCAGUUUACUUAAUCCCUGCACUGAUAGUGCAUCGGCAAGGCCUCUUGAAACGACAUCAAACAAUUUUAUGGAAGGGUCUUUUUGGGACGGCAAGAUCUAGUUUGUUUCUCUCAGUGUAUUGUGCUUCUGCAUGGUUCUGGACCUGCAUUCUUUUCAGGCUUUUAAAGAGAUGUAAUGUACCUAUGGUGGCAGUGGGGACGUUUCCUACCGGUUUGGCGUUAGGAAUUGAGAAGAAGAGCAGGCGGAUAGAGAUCUCGCUCUAUUGCUUGGCACGGGCCAUUGAAAGCUUCUUCACUACAAUGGCUGACGUUGGGUACUUGCCUCAGACUAAGAAUCUAAAGAGAGCUGAUGUCGUGGUUUUCAGCAUUUCAACAGCAAUUAUAAUGCAUUGUUAUGCUAUAGAACGGGAUGUCUUCCGAUCCAAGUACUUAAAUGUUCUUGAUUGGGUGUUUGGCGUGCCCCUCCCUCCAUACGAGACAACUCCUCGCAAGAAAAGGAGGUGACGGAUAUCAUGCAUUUCAAGAAGUCACAGAAAGGCUUUUGAUGGGUCAGAUGCUUCCCAUUCAAAUCCAAGUAGGACAUCCUUUCUUUGUAGCAUCCAUUGGUGAUACAGGGUUGAUAGAUAUCAUGUUACAGUACACUAAUAUAUUCUUCCAUAUAGGAUUAUUAUAGGGAUAGAAAUCAUUUAGUUUUACAAUGUCUCUUUUUUUUGAAAGCCAAUGUCUAAUUUCUUCAAGACUGUAACUUCAUUAUUUUUAUUUUUGCUUCAAAAGCUUGUGUAAGAUGAACUUUUGAUCUCA